AUGUGUGCCACGUUCUUUUCCAGGCUGCUUUUAAACGUUCGUUGCAAACGACAGGGGCUGACAUUGACCAUGGCGGGCCAAGCAUUGGAGCCGGAGGCAGAGUUCAUGGAGUUCUUCGGGGCAACGAUGCCGGCGCUUCGGGACACGGUGGCCAAGAGAGCAGCGGACUUGAGCAGUCAGACAGGGCCCAACAAGCGCCCCCAUCUGGAAGCUCCGAAACAGGGCAAAGGAAAAGGAUGGGGAAAGGGCAGUCGGAACAACGGUGGAUGGGGAAACAGGAUUCAGCACUCGACUCCAACCCAGGCUCCAUUCACUCUUUCUUCCGACGACCUUCAGCACAUGAUGCACAUCAUGGCGAGGCUACUGGUGCAACAGGACAACGAGAUCCAGAUGAUCAAGAUGGACAAGCAGUUUCUCCUUCACUUCGAGACGCGCCCUCAGGGUAUGGUUCACAUGUUCUGGGAGUCGGCACAGGUCUGGAAACAGGCCAAAGCCGAGCAGCCACCCAAGGUGGACAAAUCGCUCAUGGUAACGUUACUGCUGUGCAUGAUGAUGGAGUUGGAAGCUCGCUUGGACAAACUGUCGUGGCCCUACAUGGUUUGGACGGGGGAAAAGCUCGAGCUGGACAACAACAAAGCGGCAAUCCCACACGACGACAUGAUGGAGAUCAUUCGCGAGAUCAAGAAGAACCUCUUGGACAAGACCGAAGAGUUGGUGCACAAGUUCCACAGCGUUCUCGGGUUGGCGGAGCAGAUGGAGGGAGACACUCUCCCGUUUCUGCUUUCCAUCAGCACGCGCGGGGCGCUGGCGGAUCGGACCUUCGAGCUCUUCCGCAUGCUCGAAGGCAACACGGUGCUACGGAUCGUGGGGGCUCGGCUUCGCGGAGAACGUCUUCGGAGGCAGCCACUGGUCAAUCAGCUGGUGGACGCAAUGGCCCAGCUACAGCUGAGCAAGUGA